ACCCAAGCAAAUGGGCUGGGCAGCCACUGCUGUAUAAAAAGCUCUCUAAGGCAUUAGAGCAUCAGAAACCUCAUGAAGACAGACAGCAACUUGAUCAUAUUAGGCAAAGAGCCCUGCUACCAACUGGGGACCCAUCCCUGAACCAUUUAGGAGGAAUAGACACUCGUAUGGCACGAUCCAUGAUGAAGAGCAAUCUCACAACUCCAACUUCUGGAAGAAACACCCGAGGAAAGAGGCAAAACUCUCCAGAGCAUCUGCUCUUAAACCCCCAGACACAAUGAAAGGGAGGAACACUCAACUUUACUAUAAAAAUCCAAGUCAAAUGUGUAGAAAGCAGUAAUCCAGAGGUUGUCUGCCGAAUGCUUACUCCACAACUGCACAGAUUUUGCAGAAGGAAUUCAGAAAAUAUGGAGUGUCAAGUUCCAAUGAAUGUUUCGGACAGUGUAGAAAACAAAAACACGAAAAAGAAAGCUGGCAACUGUGUGAAUUAUUUGUUCACUGCCAUACAUUACAUUUCAGGGGAAAUGAAAGAGUUUGGGAACUGGAUGAAAGAUAAACCUAUCGUUUUUCAAUUCAUUGAUUGGGUCCUUCGUGGAACAUCCCAAGUGAUGUUUGUCAACAAUCCAAUCAGUGGUCUCAUCAUUGUUGCUGGACUUUUUCUCCAAAAUCGGUGGUGGGCAAUCACUGGUUGCUUAGGAACAAUUGUGUCCACCCUCACUGCUCUUAUUCUUAGCCAGGACAGAUCUGCAAUUGCCGCAGGACUUCAUGGUUACAACGGCAUUCUGGUUGGUUUACUCAUGGCUGUCUUUUCCUCCAAGAGCGACUGGUACUGGUGGCUUCUGUUCCCAGUUACUAUCAUGUCAAUGACCUGUCCAGUUCUGUCCAGCGGAUUGAGCUCUAUCUUCAGUAAAUGGGACCUGCCUGUGUUCACGUUGCCUUUCAACAUUGCUGUCUGUCUACAUUUAGCUGCCACUGGACACUACAACGUAUUUUUCCCCACUGUGCUUAUAGAACCCAUCAGUGCUACCCCAAACAUAACCUGGCCCGAUAUAAAGAUUCCCUUGCUCUUAAAGGCUAUUCCUGUAGGGGUCGGCCAGGUUUAUGGAUGUGACAAUGUCUGGACUGGAGGAAUGUUUUUGGUAGCUUUGUUUGUAUCUUCCCCAAUCAUUUGCUUGCACGCUGCAAUUGGAUCCACACUGGGAAUGUUAGCCGGCUUGAGUCUUGCAGCACCAUUUGCCAAUAUCUACUUUGGUCUAUGGGGCUAUAAUUCUGUCCUCGCAUGCAUAGCGGUGGGCGGCAUGUUUUAUGCUCUUACGUGGCAGACGCAUUUACUUGCAAUUGCAUGUGGUCUAUUUUGUGCAUAUCUUGGAGCCGCUAUUGCUAAUAUGAUGUCUGUGGUUGGCUUACCAUCAUGCACGUGGCCAUUUUGCUUGUCUGCUCUACUCUUCCUGUUAAUAACAACCAACAACCCUGCGAUUUACAAGCUACCCUUAUCAGCAGUCACCUAUCCUGAAGCAAACAGAAUCUAUUUCCUCAAUCUAAAAAAGGAAAAAAAGGAAAGAAAGGAAAAAAAUAUGAAUAUCUAAAAGCUCAUUUGCUAUUUGUUGAACAUUUUCCUUCACACUAUUACUAAUGCUUAUUCCACAGCACAGACCUUGAACUUUAAGACAAAAAAAAUGGAUUUUUCUGCAGGUUUGAACUAUUCAUAAAAGGGAACUAAAAACUGGAUAUCCAUUACUAUUUGGCUUUUCUAUACUUGUAACAUUUUAAAUACUGCCAGUAAAGUUAUUCUCUAUAAUAUUAUAAAAGGAGUAAUUACUUAUAAUUACCAUCUAAGAAGCCAUCAUUAUUGUUGUGGUUUAAAAAACAAAGAUAUGAUUAAUGGAGAAUUAACUGAAGUUUGUUAUUCGCAGUAUGGAAUCUGUUUGCUGGAACGCAUGCUAAAGUCAUACAAAUAAAUCCUGUGUUCAGUAUACUGUGAAUUAGGGCCAGUUAAACAAAGUUUUGCGGGGUCCCAUGUGAAAACCUAUGCUGACACAUUGGCACGGUCUGCCCUCAGGGAAUUAUCUAAAUAAGGCGGGAAUCCCCACGAGUCGCGAGUUGCCUCCUAUAGAAAGUAAUGGAGCUCGUUGUAAGAGGAGAUUUCACAGGGGAGAGUGAAGUUAGAAGGGAGCACGAAGUGCACUUUAAAAAUGAAAUCCUGCAGUCAAUACAAGUCAUAUUACUCUGUAUUCAGUAUAUAGUAUUUUACAAUCACCUCUAAUUUUAUACAUGUUUUUUUCUGUUAGGCUAUUAGGGUAGUAAGUGUUUUACGUAUUUUAUCACCAUCUUGCCACCUUUUAUGAGAUCGGCUGGGGGAGUAAAGUUUAGCCAUAGGCUAGCUCGGCUAUUGGCUAAGAGGUGGAAACAUCACAUGACUGAGAAACUGAGCUGCGCACUGAAGCCACGAAAGAUUAAAGAUACCUGUUCAACAGGUUUUUUUAAAAAUGUUUAAUGAAGGUGACCGUUAUUUUAGUGAUGGUAAAUCCUGGCGGUUUUUAAACGCUAGAAUUUACCAUCACUUUAACCAAAUUCGGAAAAAAAAAAUUCGAAAAAGAAAGACAUUCAACCAAGUAAAUUUUAUACUAGAUUAAUAUUUUUGUGCAAUAGAGGCAGCUUCUAAGAAAGUACAUUAUAAUUUAAAAAAACAACAACUAUGCAUUAAUAAUAAAUAGUUGACUAAGGUCUUAUACCAAGCAACAUAUUUAAAUCGAAUGGACUUUAAUACAGUUUAUAUUAAUCUCCAUAAAUAACCAAAAACUUGUUCCCCUUUCUCAGACAUUUUACAGUGAUCUGGGAGUAAAUGUUAACUUGGUUUGCUGUAUGUCAAUAAAUAAUGCAUCAUCACAACCAUUGUCAUAUUGUGCAACAAAAUAUUUGUAACUGUAUAUCAUGGGUUGAUUUUUGAUUACCAUUAAAUAAGCUACUUAUUGUUUGUAUGAGUGCAUGAAGUUGUACAAAUAACUCCUUUAUUCCAUAUACUGCAAAUUUUAUUUCAUGUUUGUUUUUCUGUAGACUUGGUAAAUCUUUAUGGAACAAACUCAUAAACAAGCUAAAUAAUUUGAUACUAAAUUAAAGUGAUGGUAAAUUUUAACAGAGCACAAAGCCAAACAUUUUUAAUCUUUAAGCCGGCUCCACCUGCCCACUACAUUCAUUGCUUUUUUUGUUUGUUUGAUUUUUUUCCUGAGGUGACAUUUUCACCUCUUAUUCAAUCAGCUCACUAAAAAAAAAGGUGUUGCAGAACUGCCGUGUGACUAGCGAGCUGAUUGGAUGGGAGGUAAACACAUCACCUCAGGAAAUUUACAUUGUGCAUUAUGUAUAAAAUACUAUACAGAUUUGGAAUUUGGGUUUUUUGCUUGUAAAAUUUACCAUCACUUUAAUAAGACAGGUAUUUGCUAAUGGUUUAACUAAAAAACCUAAUAAUAAUACAAAAAAAAACACGUGCUUUUAAAUGUAAUGUUUCUAUGAACACAAUUAUGAGAAUUUGGAAGGUUUGCCUUUAUAAAUAUAUACAACUAUUUUUCUUAAAAGUAAAUGUCUGAAAUAGUUUUCCUUUUUUUAAAGGAUAUGCUGUAAAAUGAAAAUAAAAAUGUAAAUAAAUGUAUAUUUUUGUUCAAAAAAUGAAUAUAUAUAAUAUAUAUAUUCCUGUUUAAAAGCCAAUAAAAAUAGCCGAAGGUAAAUUUCAAUUAAACAAUGCACUUGAAUGAAGAAUAAUACAAUUUUAAUGUAAUCUAUGUUAAUAACCAAAAAUUAUUUUCUGUGUUCAGUGUGUUUCUUAAAUAUCCUUUCAAUUUUACCACAUACUAGAAUUAAAUAAUAAUUUGGUUUGCUGUACAAUAAAUCAAUAGUAAAUCACCACAACUAUUUUCAUUUCGUGUAAAAAAAAUAUAAAUGUAUAUCUGUGCAUUGGUUCUAUGACUAAAUAUGAAAUAAACAACAACAAAAAAAUCUUGAUUAUUUAA